AUGUCUGGAACACCAUCGGUUAUGUCCACCCCCAUAUCAAUUGCAAAUACAGGAAUAACAGCUCAACGUCUCUUCACUACAACAAAAUGUGUGAAAUAUGUGACAACUCUGCCUGUUCCAAGUAAUAUAGAUGCUGCAGAAACCACAAGAUUUUCUCCUCGUAGAAACCGAGAUAUUUCAGCUACAGCGAUUUUAGCUCAUAAACAGUCCACAGCAUCAUAUACUAAACAUGAGGGAUCACAGCUUUUACCUGAUAAAAACAUUGGGCAAGAUAUCCACAUACAAUCGUACGAUUGUUUUGGAACAAUCAACCUUAAUUCCGCCAUGCAAAGUAAUGUUCCCAUACCUUGCCGAGGUACGGAUGCCGUUUCACAUUUAAAUAUGCCUCGUGGCCAACUAGCUCAGCAAAGCAAAUUCAUAUCACAUACAUUACAUAACUCCCAUUACCUGACGCUGCGUAAAGAUUCUCGUUCAGGAUGGUCGUCGUACGUAACAAAUUCUACGUUGGAAAGUAAAGACCCCUCAAAUCGGAAUUACUGUACCAAAAAUUAUAAUAAUUCUGAACUGCUUACAAAGAAAGAGCAACUAAAAAAAGCUUUUAAAGAUUAUGGAUCAACAAUAGUAAUAUUUCACGUCACCAUAUCACUUGCUUCAUUAGGCGGAUUCUAUGCACUGAUAUCUAGCGGAAUAGACGUAACUGCGAUAAUAGAUAACUUUGGAUAUGCACCUGAGGCACUUAAAAAUAACGUUGCAAAGGGAGCUAGUAACUUUGUUGUUGCAUAUGCCAUUCAUAAACUGUUUGCCCCUGUGAGAAUUAGUAUAACAUUGGGAGCUGCUCCAUUAAUUGUACGUUACUUGAGAUCGAAGGGAUUUUUAAAGCCUAAAGUAUCCAACAAAACCAAGUAA